AUGAGCCACCUUCUCCUGCUUAUCCCUGUUCAGAUUAUGUUUAGCCUUACUGUAGAAAACAGUCAUGUCCGAUUUUUCUUGUCAAUACUGAAAACAGUAUUUAAGUUGGUGGCUUGGGCCCUGUUGGGGAGGUUCACUUUCCUGGAUGCCCCAUGUAUACUGGAAGUGCAUGAGAGUAAGGGUCUCUUGAAGAUGAAAAACCAGCGCGGUGGGUGCGCCCUCUUCCAGGAUAUUCAGAAGCUGUCACAAGAUAAGUGGGGUGAAACGCAGGACUCCGUGGAUGCCGCCUUAGUCUUGGAGAAAAAACGGAACCAGGCCCUUCUGGAUUUGCAUGCCCUGGGUUCUGCCCGCCCAGAUCCUCAUAUCUGUGAUUUCCUGGAGAGCCAUUUCUUAGAAGAGGUGAAAAUUAUCAAGAAGAUGCGCAACCACCUCACUAACCUCCGCAGACUGGAGGGUCCCCAGGGUGGGGUGGGCGAGUAUCUCUUAGAAAGGCUUACCCUCAAACAUGACUAG